AUGUGCAUAGUCCUCUCUUAUCUCCACGAUACGGAACUUGAAUUCGCCCUUGCAGACGAGCUUGUUUCGCACCCCGUGUUCGAGGAGCACCAAUUGAGGGUCACAAAGCCAACCGCUCUGUGCGACCCCAGUGUGAACCAAAUAUCCGGCUACCUGAUCAUGAGCCUACCUCGAUAUCGGCGCGCUGAAGACAAGCAUUUGUUCUUCUGGUUUUUCGAGUCACGCAACUCUCCCUCUACGGAUCCUCUCGUUCUCUGGCUCAAUGGCGGACCCGGCUGCUCCAGCUCGACUGGCUUGCUGUUUGAACUGGGCCCAUGCUCUAUUGCUGACGACGGCAAGAACACGACUUUCAACCCUCACAGCUGGAAUUCCAACGCCAACAUGAUUUUCCUCGACCAGCCUGUCAACGUCGGGUUCUCGUAUGCUGAGGACGGCACGACUGUCAACAACAGCCCUCUUGCCGGCAAGGAUGUCUAUGCAUUCCUUGAGCUCUUCCUCCAGCGAUUCCCCGAGUACUCCAAGCAACCCUUUCAUAUCAGUGGCGAGAGCUAUGCAGGUUGA